AUGGAUAGAAAGCUACACUGCAACGGUUCGGAUGGGUCAGAGGAGAAUGGGAAAUGUGGGUGUGAACGUAAGGAGGUGGUGCACCAUCACAUGGCCGAAGUAGUAGAGGAGGAACCAAGGCAAUCACGAGAAUGGAUCGGAACUUCAAGUGGCCGAUUCACCACCCUCCUUCGUUCCUCUCUUAGACUUUCCGCUCCAGCCAAAAAAAAGUUGAAAUCAACUUCCCCCAACGCCCCUACCACUGCUUCUGUGUCUCCCCGUCUAGCAUCGCAUGGAACAGGAAGUCCUCAAAAAAUUGAAACAACAGCCAGCAUUUCCAAUUGUGAUUUCCCCUUUUGUCGAAUAUGCCACGAAUCUACAAAUGACGUGGCGUUGGAUUCGUGUGGACGACUAAUUGCACCGUGUCUGUGUGAUGGGAGUUUGAAAUAUGUCCAUGAAAAGUGUGUUCAACGUUGGAUUGAAAUCAGUCAGUUGAGGAGGUGUGAACUGUGCCAUUUUGAAUAUGAGACGCGCAGUUACACGAAACCGAUAAGAGAGUGGAAAUUUUUUUUAAUGGAUUGUCGGCACCUGCGUAAACUCUUCUGUUUUAUCACAAUUUACCUACUAAUCCAAGCCUGUGUAUCAUGGGCGCUCUACGCUCUCAUUUCCAAUCUGUCAUCCACCGGUAUAUCGAGUUCUGAACGCAAUUGGCAGUUCUGGCUGAAGGUCUUCGUCGUCUUUGUUGGUAUGUUCAGCGUCGGCAUUUUUGCGUACGUUCAGACGCGCUACUGCUGUGACAUAUGUCAACGUUGGCGUCAGUUGAAUUGUGUCUGUGUUGUGCGAGAACCGCCCAAAGAACGAAUUGCGAAGAUGCGGAGAGAACAGCGUUUACCAAGCAACCAAUUCUGCAUAGUUCAUGAAAUGGACACCUUCACCGCAAUGCCUUAA